AUGGCUCCUUCCGGAGACCCAACCUCCUCCCGCUCAGAGCAGGCGAAGAGUCUAAGAGAUGCCCUUGCCACGUCUCUCCAAUUUUCAGUAUUUCCUGAUUCAACCAAUAUUCACUUCAUACCUAACGGCACUGUCGAUACUCUCGUCACUCCGGCUUCCGUCGCGAAUGAACUCUUCCCCAUCAACCCCGCAGAACGAUUGACCCCAAGCAAAAGAGAGGUUGACCAAGCUCUCGUUAACUACGUCGCUGCAUCAGCCAAGAAGCUUCUAAUAAUCAGCAUUCUGAACAAUCCAUCGUGUGGUCUACGGGCAGCAAUGGAGGCUUUCAAAACACACCAGUUCGGAGACGACGACUUGCCCGUUAUCGAGGCUGAAAAUCAAUUCCCACCCUGUUUCUACCAAUGGGAUCUGCUGAGUAGGAGAAAUUUUCGGAGCGAUCAGUGGAAAGUUUUGGUUCCCGUGUUUCCAAAAGUGUUCACAAGGUUCCAUUUUGGAACGGAGAUCAUCCUACCAUUCACAUACGUCGACCCGGUGAGAAAGGAGGGCACGUUCGGGGAUGUUUACCAAGUCACCAUCCUCAAAUCUCACCAAGAAGACCCAAUGAGAAAGCAUAAUGGACUCUUGGCGAAUGCUGCUAUCAAAGAAUUGAAAGCGUCAGCGGCCAGUGGUGAAAAAGGUGGCAAAGACGACAAAGCCAAGAAGGUCUUCAAGGCGUGGGAGGCUGAGGCCCAGGCGCUUGAGGAUACUAGUCGUCUGAAACAUAAGCACAUUGUCACAGUGAAAAGCAUUUUCACGAAAGGGCCGCGGCACUAUUUCAUGUUCCAGUGGGCAGACGGAGGGAGCCUGCGAGACCUCUACAAGGGAGAUCUGUGGCCCAAUGUGACGGCAAGACUAGUCGAAGAGGUCACAGGGCAGCUGGGAGGGUUGUUCUCCGCUCUAUCGGCGCUACAUACCUAUCAAAAAGACGGGUCUUCAGCCCAGCCCGGACUUCUUGCCGUCCCAGGCCAGAACCAAGGAUCCUACCGACAUGGAGAUUUGAAACCUGAAAACAUCCUGAUAUUUAAGGAUGCCACAAAGGUUGGGUACUCUCAACGCCACCCCAUCCUAUGA